AUGGUUCAUAAGGCACAAUAUAUAAAAUCAAAAGAAACUCCAAUAUCAAGUAUAUUACAAGGUGGUUAUAAUCACCCAUUAUCAAGAGAAUGGCAACAAGAAAGACAAUUAACAAAAAAUAUGUUCAUUUUCCCCCUUUUUAUAUCUGAUGAUCCAAAUGAAGAAACUGAUAUACCAAGUUUACCAAAUAUGAAAAGAUUUGGAGUAAAUUCAGUAAUACCAUAUGUUUCAAAAUUAGUUGAUAAGGGGUUAAGAGCAGUAAUUUUAUUUGGAGUUCCUUUAAAACCUGGUGUUAAAGAUGAAGUAGGUACUGCUGCAGAUGAUCCAAAUGGACCAGUUAUUCAAACUAUAAAAAAUUUUAGAAAAAAUUUUCCUGAUUUAUUUAUAAUGUGUGAUGUUUGUUUAUGUGAAUAUACAUCUCAUGGACAUUGUGGAAUAUUAAAUGAAGAUGGCAGUUUAAAAAGAGAACCAAGUGUACAAAGAAUAGCAGCAGUAGCAGUAAAUUAUGCAAAAGCUGGAGCACAUUCAGUUGCACCAAGUGAUAUGAUGGAUGGUAGAAUAAGAGAUAUUAAAUUAGGUUUAAUAAAUUCAGGAUUAGAAAAUAAAUGUUUAGUUAUGGCUUAUAGUGCAAAAUUUUCAGGAAAUUUAUAUGGACCAUUUAGAGAUGCAGCAGGAAGUUCACCAAGUUUUGGUGAUAGAAAAUCUUAUCAAUUACCACCUGGAGGUUCAGGAUUAGCAAGAAGAGCUUUAAUUAGAGAUUUAGAUGAAGGUGCUGAUGCUGUUAUAAUAAAACCUUCAACAUUUUUUUUAGAUAUUAUAAAUGAUGCUUCAAAAUUAUGUAAAGAUUAUCCUAUUUGUGCUUAUCAUGUUAGUGGAGAAUAUGCUAUGUUACAUGCUGCUGCUGAAAAGGGUAUAGUUGAUCUAAAGGGAAUUGCUUUUGAAGCUCAUCAAGGUUUUUUAAGAGCUGGUGCAAGAUUAAUUAUAAGUUAUUUUACUCCAGAAUUUUUAGAUUGGUUGGAGAUUUAA